UUCGGUGCCUUCGUUACAGUGCAGACGACAUGUGUCAUCACUGUGGAAAAGGAGAGAAACCAACUGUUCGGACUAUCGGCAGGCCUUCUGUCAAAAUAGUUCAGGUGUUGUCCAAAAUGAGGCAGUCCGAACCCGGCUCAAAGGCAAAGGGCCGAUCCAGGACCAUGCGCACUCUCCUCGCCGUAGGUUUCGCCGCGACCUUCUUUCUGCUCGCUCUGAUCCCAUCGUGCCACGGCGCCAGCGCAUCGACGUCGGAAGACGACGGAGAGGCUCGGUCUCUCCUCUCGUUCUCGCCAUCGGCGUUGAAGAAGCGCCUCGGCGGCGGACUGCGCGCCACGGGCCGCUCCUACUUCGACGCCGAGGACAUCCUGCUGUUCAUGCUGGGCCUCGGACUGGCCUCCAUGCUGGGCCUGGCCACCUUCAUGGCCCCCUUCACGUCCAUCCUGGCCACGGGGCUCACGCCGGUCACGGUGCAGGGCAACGUGCCCGCGGCGUCGGCCGCCGUUACGCACGGGCGACGCCGACGCAGCCCUUCCUGGACGGACGGCACGCAAGCCGCCGAGCUGCUGCUGCACGCGAUGGAGGAAGCGCACGGGCGAUACAAGAAGCCGCUAUAAGUAUACGGGACUGGACACGUUUGUAGCGUGCGCGUGUGAUCGUUUGCGCGUGAUGAAACAAGCACGACAAUGCGAUAUGGCUCGCGGUAACAAAGUUUCUGCGCUGACUGUGAGGCAGGCGUGUGCCUCAGAUUGUGUAUAGUCUCGAGCGAGGGAAGCGCGAGGGAGGGCUUGACAUAAAGGCAGUUAAAAAAUCAACUGUGCGGAGCGAAGCGGAGCCAUGGAAACUGAGCGGAUCUCACGGUGGAAAUGUAAUAAACCAUUGGACAGUUUUUGCGCGUGUAUGUUUCUGGCAAUCAAUUAUGCUGUGUAAUUCUGUGUGCAGAUUGUUUUGCCUGACAAUUAAACGUUUACAGCUCGCUUUGAGCUUUAUAAUUAGUUGGCUGCGGAGGAAGACACAUUCAGUGGCAGUAGCGAGGAUGUUAGAUCAAUGAAUUGUACAAAAGAGGGGUACAUCAUGGUCCUUGAAACAUAGACGCAUACCCAUUCACAAUCAAGAAACCUUAACUGGAUACGACGAAGCAUUUCCUUCAUGUGCACUCAGUGUGACAGAACAAUAAGUUGACAAAUUCAACGAAAAAGUGUCCACAAUGUAUUGAAGUGGGAAGAGUUUGUUGUUGAGGCAGUGAGUUCAGAAGCUAGUUAAAGCCCGAUCUUAAUACGUGCGCCACUGUGCCGAUGGAGCAUGAAAUAAAGCUUUCGAAAUUGCAGGUUUCUUUACAGUAGAUGGCUGCUGGGACUAGCCAUGCGUCUUCAACAACAUGGCAACCAGUUGAAAUCUGUUCAACAUGCAGCUUAGUGCUCGGUGGUGAAAAUUACACUGUUGCCAAAAACGCUAACUUCUUUGUCUUCAGAGUAUGAUGAUCUCCGCCCCGAAGCACCAAUUGCAGCUGCUGAAACAAUUUCGACAAGCUACCGCAAGCAGAAAAUUUGUUGCAUUUUAAUACAAGCAAUCUGGCCACUUGAAUCCUAGAACCUCAUCUAUAGCUCUAGUGCUUUUUGAGCACCCAGACUGCUAGAUUACUGGCAUUCCAUAGGCGAUGUCUAAAAAGAACCGACGACACCUAAGCACUUCUUAUGAGUUGCAAAUGCGAAAAAAUGAAUGUCCAAUUGAACGCAGCUGAACAGCCCUUUCUGGUUGUGAACUCCUCGCGGGCAUGUGAGCGCGUCGAGACGCUCGGCCAGCGCCUGCUAGAUAGCAUAAGGCCAGUGCACUUCGAAGCGUGACGUCAUGCUGCCUUGCCCAACUGCCAUAUAAUCUAAUGGGGACGCUCCCCAGUAAUCCGCGUUGAUUUUGACACCACCACCUUUGUCCCGCCGGGCUUGGCAAUGGAAAUUCCGGCCCAAGUAGCAUGAUGCCAUAAAGCAGAGCGCACAGGCCUGCUUAGCCCAGUGAGUAAGACAAUCGACCUCCGAGCGCGGGGUCGUAGUAGGUUCGAAACUCACUACCACAACGUUCUUCCUUUCGAAUUCAUUCUGUUUAUUUUUUAUGCAUUAUUUCUUUAUAUUGAUUACGGAGGCGAAGUUAGAACCCAGACGAGAGCUUGCGCGGGCAAGGAACGCGCGGAUAACGCAGGUUCCCGAGAGUGAGAGCGAAGGUGACGUGGCGUCGCGGCGAUGCCCUCUCCCAUCACGCAACACCUGGCGCGCCAGCGUACACAGCAGGUGUUUCCUUUGUCCUGCUCUUCUUCGUCAAGGCGCGUACGUGACGUAGCGUCGCAACCAAUGGGAAUUUAGGUGCCGCUUCGCUGCUCCAGACGACAGACGCUGGCUUUUUCACUCAAUGGGCCGUUUGAUGCUUUCGCUUCGAUAAGGCCAUCUUCCCUUAAGAUGAUAUAGAGAUCAAUGAUACAUCGUUAGAAGUACCGAAAGACGUAUGCUUGUUGUCUGACGUGGAGUAAAUGCGAGUAAUUCGGAACGGCUGGCACACGCAUUGCCUAUCGCGAAAGAAAAGCCAACCUUGCACAAAAGACGGGAAGAAUGAGCAAGCAGAAAUGGCAGUGGUGGUACUAAUAUAAUGAUCGCGUAACGAGCGGAUGACCGUAGCUGAAGUACAAUUUACUUUGCAGAAUAGCCGCUCGCGGAGUUUCUACUACGCACUGGGCUUUUCAAUGUACAACUUUUUGUGCAAUGCUUGGAACAGCGCGUGUUUGCAGUAAACACCAUAAGCCCUCCGUCACUACCCACAAUUCUAAAUAUGGGCACAGAAUUUCGAUUAAACAAGAGCAUAUGCGGGCAAUUCAUCCGCGUAAAAAAAUUAAAAGAGAAAUAGGAACUUGGAUAAGCAGUAGAAAUAAACGAUAAUCGAGGUGUCAGUAGCGUCUUGUAAAUUUUAGUUUAUUCGUCCUUUCGUUAAAAACAUCACCUUAGUCGUCGUUACAAUUUGAAUAAAAUAAACCUGAAGUGGCUUCGAAACACUAGUUACUGAAGUGCUGCGAUUGCUGCGCUAGAAAACAGAGUUUGUCGAGGCACCCCCAGUCGUUUCACCAGUUUCCGUAGACAACGUGAGUGCUUCUGCGAGGAGCAUGGACAAGCAGCGAGGCUAAAAAUUCCAUGUACAGCUUUCAGACUUCAGGGUGAAGGGUCCAAGCUAUCCUCCUUAUACCCAAUGGUAACCCUCGUGGGCGUUACCUUUCGUCCUUCUGAAUAUGAAAGCAGUAAGGGCAAGGUAAUAUACUGCGAUUAGCUCAAAGCUAGGUUCAGGCGGCCGUAUAUUAUCGAACGUGUUGUCACCGCUUUUCAGGAAAACCUAAAUUUCGUGAGAUGAACUGCUGCAUCGUCAGAGACGACGAAAAAUUAAUACGUACUGCAUGUCAAAUACCACAAGACAACGCGGCAAUCCGCAAUGCAAUAUUAAAGCAAGGAACCGCCAGGUGAUGUUAAACUUGUACCUUGUAUACAAAACAGGCUGGAUUUCGAAUGUUCUCCGCCAUUCUUAUGUCAAGAGAAAGUGUCCAUUCCUUCCUGUCCCCCUCCUACUCUCGCCUCUUUAAUGGGGCACUAAGGAUAAACACGAAGUUUAGACUAACAGAGUAUUCUUUCAUGGCUUUCUUCAUUCUUGUGUUGCAAGUAAGCUAAUUACUAGUGGAGAAGCUAGACGGAAAACUAUAUUCAUAUUUAAAUGCCAAUGCCGGACUCUCCCCCAUACCCUUUUCUAUGGCGCAGGGUAGCCGGCAAGGGGCAUUGCAUUGAGACCAACAUCUCCACCUCUCUUGCAUUAAGCUGCUUCUCCCUCCCUCCAGUGCCGGUAACGUUGGUAUGACGCCGUGAAUUUCACGGCGACUUCGCGUACCCGAGUCCUUUUUGUGCAGAACAAAGUGGUAGAAGUUAGAUUUUGCCUACGUUCGCAUGCAGUGCAGACAUUAUUUUUUGCUACACAUCUUAACUUUCCCCAACUUCACGCCGUGACGGAGACCUGUUGCGAGAACUUCAAUAUGGCAUGCCUUCAGUCCAGGAUAGCAGCGACUUAGUACCCUAUAAAUGUAAUCUACUAGUCAAGCUUAACUUACUUUUUUUUCUGUAACAUCUCGUUAAAAAUAAGUGCGUUGGAAUUAAUUAGGAUGCUUCGAUUAGGCAACCGAACUUCAGAUAUGCUUAUAGGACAUGGGUUCUUUCUCUACCGAUAGCCACCUUAUUAGUAGGGUUCUGUGUUCGUGGAAACUACUUAUGGAAACCUAUUUUUGCGCCGUUUCUCCACUUCACAUUCACGUGCACUAUGUUCAUACCACAGCGGACACUGGGUGCAGACAGGCAGCUACUAAACUUGCCGCUCCAAGUGCAAAGUUGUUCGUUUGGUUUAUCUACACAAGCCGAUAUCACAGUGGACAAGCGGUAGCAACGUCUCUGUUUUUAUUCCUUCAUGAAUGCGGCUCGACCACACGUUAAUAACCUUCCUGUGCUGUUUCCUCAGCAAUGCAGUUCUUAAGUGUCCAAUACGUCUUUCACGAUAAUCGGCAGGAAUGAUCUAUGAAUACCCGCUACUUUGUAUGUAAUAAUAAUGGACACAGUAAUCAGAGCGGCGAAAUGCUGCGCUAAUACACACAAUAAAAAAUUCAUAAUGAUCGUUUCGCAACGAACUGUAUCUUAACAAUAUACUGCUUCAAUUCGGCUUGGUUGACUGGCCCCGUACGAUUAUUCUAUUCUUUGUUCUCUAGAGUACUUACCCAAUGGUGGGCGCUGUAGAUAAGGUGGUAGGACAACAAUAUGCGAAUAGAGACAGUGGAUAAUACAACAUGAAAUGCAACUAGUACAUUAGGGCGCCCACGGUGCUCGCAUAAAGAACCCUAUGUAAUUAAGAGUAAUACAAUAUAUAUACAAUGCAAUAAUUGUAAGGUCUAUGUAUUGCACGGAUAUGAUAAGUUGUCACACGUUCAGCUACAGUACUGCACAUGCAGUACUUAUGUUUUCGAUAGCAAGAAAACAUGUGUAAACUCCUGAGAUUCCCAGUGCGAAUCGAACGUUUUUGUCUGAAAAUGAAGUGUUUAGCUUAAUAUUUUGUUAUUCCACGUCUUCUGAUAUUCUGCUACAGGGGAAUGUGCGCGACUACAACGCCUAUUGUGGUCGGCCUUCCGAGGAUAUGCGUAUAGUCCACCUGAAGUACCCGUCAUAAGCCAACCAAGACAGGCUGUGACCUUUUUAGUUUUUGCUGAUUCACGAGAUACCCGUAUGGAUGGACUUUCGUGUACUACUGUGCGCGCGCGCUCGAAGAAAUAAACCAGAUUUUUCCUCCA